GUUGUUUACUGAUAUGCUUACGCAGCGGGAGUCUUGGGGACGUUGAAACAUACAGUACAUUCUAAAUCAGAUUCAUUAAAAACAUACUUCGUUCAUCACCAGAUUUGAUAGUCUCUACACCAAUUGCAACAAGUUCAACAUGGUCUUCUUUGUGCCCAACGACAAUCUAGAUGUCCUCACAUGCUAUCUUCUCGCCGACAUCUCCAGCGAUGAACUGCAAGUCUUCAAAUCAGCCUUCGAAUUAGGCAAUAAUGCACGCUUUGAUCCUAGGCUUCACAUCAAAAUCGUCCGUCCACCUGAGGACUAUAUCGGGAAAUCUCACGAAUACAUCCGCCGGAAAGAAGACGAGGCUGGUCGAGAAGAAAAAUUCCUCAUCCUCGACGACGAGGCCAUGAAGCAAAAUGCCGUCUGGUAUAUUUCUUGGUUUGCAGAUGAAGAGCAUGUGGAAUGGAAACAAGCCGAGAGCACAGAUGUUCUGUGGAAGAUGCUCAUCAGGACGGAUAAGUUGUCGCUCGUGUAUGUCAACUACAGCAUUGGUAACAUGUCUCUUCAAGAGGAUCUGGGCAAUUGCGGGGUAAAAUUUCCCGUGAAGGCGGGCUUUGAACAACCCAAAGUGUUCGAUUUCGAGACGGACAUGCAGAAAGACCAAUAUCGUCAGCCUGUUUGGAUCAGGGCUGAGCCUAGCGAAUACGAGAUCAACAAAGGUGGCGAAGUGAUGGGAGACUACAUUGCGCCGCCAAAUAGGUACGCCAGAUUGAAAGAUGGAGUGGCAGAGGCGGUGGGAGUCAUCAACGACUGGACGAUGUAUCAACCGACCGGCCCGUUUCGAAUGUCGGAUGGGACGAAGAAGGAGUUUCCUGAGGGCACUAUGGUUCUCCAAUUGAAGUGGAAUCCUGACUUUCCGUGGCCGCCUUACGAGUGGCCUGAGGGAUCGCUAUAAAACGAAAGUUUGUAUGAAGAUGCUGAUAAAGCAUAUGCAAAGUUGAAUCUACAUGUAUGUAAUGCCGUAAACAGAAUUAUGUUGGAAGAGUUUGGAGAUGAGCGUGCCAAGUGGCUUUAUUCAAGAUCGAGUUCACAAUAAAUACGUCU